AUGGAUAUCGUUUUAGGUAUUAAAGUGAGAGAUUCUGUGAUUAUCGCCACUUCAAAAGCUGCCACUAGAGGUAUUUCAAUCUUGAAAGCAGAUGAUGAUAAAACAAGAGAAUUGAGUAAACAUGCUCUAAUGGCAUUCACAGGUGAAGCUGGUGAUACAGUACAAUUUGCAGAAUAUAUCCAAGCAAAUGUUCAAUUAUAUGGAAUCCGUGAAAAUUAUGAGUUAAGUCCAGAAGCUAUCUCAAGUUUCACAAGAAAUGAAUUAGCAAAAUCUAUCAGAUCAAGAGUGAUCAAUGUAUUAAUUGCAGGUUAUGAUGAAAAUAAAAAAGAACCAUCUUUGAAUUGGAUUGACUACCUAGGUACCAGAGCAGAGCUACCAUAUGCUGCACAUGGUUAUGCUGCAUUCUAUACUUUCUCAUUAUUAGAUCGUCAUUAUAGACCAGAUUUCACCACAGAAGAAGGGUUAAAUUUAUUAAAACUAUGUUUAAAAGAACUUGAAACUAGAAUCCCAGUUGACUUCAAAGGUGUUAAUGUAUGUAUUGUUAAUUUGUUACAUUUCAGGUGA